CAAAGGCCGUUCCUAUGCGGCAUGUCGGGCCCCUAGGAGGGACCUGGAAUGGAGCCCAAACAGGAGAAAGUAGCCGGGGCCCGGUGCCACCCCUCUGCCAUUGGCUGGGGCAGAAUAGCCCACGGCAGCUGAUAGUUAUCUCAGGUAGAAUUGCCCCAUUUUCCCUGCAGGGUAUAAAAGGGGGAGAGGGAGAAGUUCCACCCUGCGGGUUUGCUGGAGAGCAGGAAUUGCGGAGGGAUAUGCCAGCUGGGGGCCACAGGACUGCCGGGCACUGAGUAUACAGUAUUUCCUACAGGGAGCGUGAUGGAGCGAAUGGAUUCCCCACGUGUUCCCUACUGAGAAUCCCACGGAUAGUUCCGGCUCGGAUUGUUCUACAGACAUUUCAAUCAUUAUCUGCCCCCAACGCGGAGCAAUGGUGCUUUGGGGUCUCGGUCUGGUAACUGUGCUCAUUGCCUCGGCUGCGGCCAAGUGCACCCCCAACAAAGUAGAUGCCAUUAUCGUGCAUUGCUACCCCAGGUCUAUAGUUGCCAAAAUCCCUGAAUGUCCCUACGGAUGGGAAAUCAACCAGCUCGCUAUGGGAGGGGUCUGCUACAAUGGGGUCGUCGAGUCGGGAUAUUACCAGUUCACUAUUCCUGAUUUAUCCCCAAGGAACAAGUCCUACUGCGGGACACACUCGGAAUUCAAGAACCCAAUCUACCACUUCUACAACUCCAUAGUGUCCAACGACAGCACCCUGAUAGUGAAGAGUCAGCCGGUCAACUACUCGUUCACGUGCACGUACCAGUCCAACUACCUGGUUAGCCACGGCGCCUUCGACCAAAGAGUAGCUACAGUUCAUGUGAAGAAUGGCAGCUCGGGAUCCUUUGAAAGCCAACUCUCUCUCAAUUUCUACUCUAACGCCAAGUUUUCUUCCCAAAAGGAAGCUCCUUUUGUAGUGGAAACGUCGGACAUUGGCACCGAUGUGUUUGCCGGAGUGGAAGCCAAAGGACUCAGCAGCAGGUUCAAGGUGGUGCUGAAUUACUGCUGGGCGACCCCAUCGCCAGAUUACGCCUAUCACAUCCAGUGGCAGCUGAUCAGCAAAGGGUGCCCCUCGGAUAACACGGUGCUGGUACAUGAGAAUGGGAAGGAUAGCCGGGCCACAUUCCAGUUCAACGCUUUCCGCUUCCAGAAUGUUCCCAAACUAUCCAAGGUCUGGCUGCACUGCGAGACCUACAUGUGCGACAGUGAGAAGUUCAACUGCCCCGUGUUAUGUGGAAAGCGCAAACAGCAAAAAGAGCAAAGUGGAGGGGUUUUGGUAGCGGAAUUUCUUCUCCAGACCGCCCUGGGCAAUGCUAUGCUGUUGGUAGGGAUUUACAGCCUGUGGGUUUGAAAUGAGACCCCUAAGACUCCCAUGAGAGUGAGUGACGCCUCUCUCCCCCCGAUGAGACUGCUCCGUAUGGCCCGUCCCACGCUGCGCUCAGGAAAACGGAACCGAUUAUCCCUGUACUGUCUCAGUCUUCCGUGUUACACGCUCCAUCCAUCUCACAAGGCGCAUUGUACUGGCUAUUGGUUGGUUAUUGAUUGGUUAUUGACUGGUUAUUGAUUGGUUAUUGAUUGGAAUGCAAGUUAUUAUUAUUGGAUCUCUAAGGUGUCUCUUGCAAUGGCGCUCUCCUUUAUAUUAUAUAUAUUUCAGAACGGUGCAUAAAAAAAGAUUGUGGAAUUUAUUUUUUUUUGGUUUCUCCAAAAAAUUCUACCUAUUUCUAGUCUGCAUGUGAAAACCCAUUGUUUAUAAGGGUCCAUUUUUAUUGUUUUUUGUUCAGGCCCUCUAAUAUUCAACAUUUUGACUUACAAACCGCUGCCUGGUUGCUAGGGUAAUAAAGCCCUAUUAACUACAUAGUGGAACUGUCAGGUCUGCAAUUUACAGAACAAAAUGUAAAUAUUUCUUAUUAAAAAUGAAGAGCAAUAGCAA